AUGAUCAGCAAUGCAAAUUCUUUGCUUAAUCGAUUAGAUAUAUCUUUAGAUUAUAUCAUAUCCCUACUUUCUAUUGGAUUGGAAAUUUAUUUACAAUAAAAAUUGGAUACAUUAUAAUAUUUUAGUUUCUGUUUAUUGGCCUUAGCUGGAAUAGCAAAGUUUGUGGAAAAAAAGAAAAUUUUUGGGAUUAAGUAAGGUAUGAAAAUUGGAUUUAUCAUGAUUUAGAUUACACAGCAAUAUUCUUUUGGUGUCUUGCACUAGUGAGGGUUGUGUUUAUAAAAAAUAUUAAGAAAGAUUAAGCAAUAUUUUGGCUUUAUAAUCUAGGUUUUAGUAAUGGAUAGUAUGUGAGUAUUACUCCAACUAAAUUUAUAAACAAUGUAACAUAAUUAAUAAAAGCAUUUGUAUAAUUCGGAUUGCUAGUUGGUCUUUUUAUUUAUUAUUUUUAAGAGUAAUUAGUAUCAAGUAUUUUACUCAUUAUGAUAAUGCUAUUUAUUUAAUAUCAAAAUUAUCGUUACAAUAUUAAGUUAUUAGAACUGAACAAAGAUGAAUUGUAUUAUUAGAGUAAUACUAAUUUAAAUGGAUCUCUGAACAAAUUUAUUUCUAAAAAUAAAGAGCAAUCAAAAUCAAAAGCAUAACUUCCAGAAUUAGGAUCAUUAAGUAGACAGGAAGCAUCUAUGCAUCUGAUACCUGAACAAGUGAACAUUUAAGCACCAACUUAGAAAAUUGUUUGGUAGUAACUUAUAGAAUAGAGUGAAGAUUACAUUAGUAAAUUUUAUUACACCAUGAAUAAUUUAGAAAAUAACAUAAAUUAAGCAUAAAAUAAUUAUUCAAUGUGCAAAUUUCUAUAAGACAACAAAAUCUAAUUAUCUUCUUUGUUUAAGGAAAUAAAAAUAAGCAAUGAUUUAAAUGUUUAAUUAUACGAAUCAAAUAAUCUAGAUAAGAAAUAAGAUAGUCUUUUUGAAUGGAUACAAAUCAACGUUAAUACAUCAAAAUUUUAGGAUAUAAAUUAUCAAAGAGGAUUGGAUGAGAACUUAGCUAUAAGUUCUCAAAUUAAUUAAUAAUCUAUAGGGAAGAUGAUGGAUGCUUAUAUUGAGAAAUCCAUAUCUGGCAUAUCUGCUAUUUAAUUAAUUUAGGGUUCUCUUGAAGUAUCAAAUUUAAAAAAUAGAAAAGUUUUUUAUGGGAAAUAUAAUUGCAGGAAAUAGAAUUAUAAUUUUUACAUAUAAAUUUGUUUUUUUGAAGAAGUAUUUAUAGUAUUUAUAAAAGGAAGUAGAUGGUGUUUAACGUUAAGUGAUGGCUCUUCUUUUUAGAGAUUUGGAAAAGUAAGUUCGAUAAAUUAGAACAAAUUUGAAAAACAUUCAAAAAAUCAAUUCAACAAUAAAAUUUUUGAAAUUGCAAGCAGAUUUAAUUUAGAAAAUUCAUAAAAAUAUAAUUGUUCAAUAAAAAACGAUUACUGAGAUUUUAAAUCCCAAAUAAAAAAAUACUAAUGUUAUUAAGAGAACAAAUUCAAUUUGUUCAUAAAAAGACAGUGUUGAUGAUGCAUUAUCAGACAUUUCUGAGAAAGGUUAGAAAAAUUGUUAAAUAACUUAAUUCAUCAAUUAAUUAUAAUUUCAAUUUAUGAAAAUAACCCAAAACAAUUUUAAUUAUUUUGAAGUCUUCUCUUUAAAUGAAUACAUUUAGCUUGAAAAAAAGAAAGUUGAUAUAACUCAAACAAUUAAUUUGUUAAUUAAUUAAUUUAAUUAUGAUGAAAUAGUUAUUGGAUAGAAGAUUAAUAUUUCUUUGAAAGAUAAUUUAAAAAAUAAAUACAUAAUGACAGAUAUAAGGUAUAUUUAUUUAUAUUAUAUAUAGACGAUUGAAAUAAUUAUUGUUUAAUAUUAUUUACAAUUCAAUUAAAUCUUAUGAAUUCGAUCUUUAAAAUUCAAAGAUAGAAAAGAUAGUUUAAAUUGUUCUUAAAAAUUAUGAGGCAAAUAUUCGUUUUGAAAUAAUUGAUUAUGGAUGUGGAUUAAAAGAGGAGAGUGUAAAUCCUAAAAGGCUUGAUGAUUGUAAAUUAGGUUUAGCUGCAUCAUAGAAAUUGAUUAAAUUAUUAGGAGGCAAUGAUAAAUAAUUAAAAAUUAUUCGUUCUCAAUCGUUGAACUAAACAAAUGUAAUAUUUGAAUUACCAAAUUUUUUAUAUGUUGAUAAAGCAGAAAUAAUGGGAGAUGACUUUGAUUUUGAUACCAUUUAAUUAGUAUUUACUUCUUGA